UAUGGGGUGUCUAGGCAAUUAACCAUUUCCCAGAUCAGUGCCAUUAUUGGGUAGCUUUCAUAUCUGCUCCCCCCUCUCUCUCUCUCUCUCUCAACUCAAUAAUGGCGUUUCUUCUCAACAAAACCACUCUUCUCUCUCAUCUACGCUCUCAUUCUCAGAAGUCGGAGGAUUCGCUGUCUCUGUCGCGUCGGGGAUUCCAUGUCGAACCAGGGCCUCGUGAGAAGGCUCUUUUGGCAGAGGAUCCAUCAUUGAAGCAGUUCAAAUCACAUAAGAAAAGUGUGUGGCGACUCAAAAGAGUUGGAGAUGUUCUCACGAUCAUUGUUGUAGCUGGAUGUUGCUAUGAGAUUUAUGUCAAAGCAGUAAUGCGAGAAGAAGCUAGGAAAGCAAGUGGGAGUGCAUAAUGGAAGAAUGUGUUUCUAUGGCAUUUCAUCUGAGUCUACCAGGUGCAUCAUUAGGGUUUUUUAUGAAUUUGUUUUUCGUUAGUGCCAAAUAAACCGGACAAAAUGUCAGCUUCAAGAGCUUAAACCCUAAAACUUUGCUCAUCGACUUCUGAUGGAUUUUAAUUUUCAAUAUUAGCUGUUAUACAAGAGUUGUAUAACAAUAUUAUUGAUGUUAUCUCCAACUUGGGGAUUUUGUGAUGGAUGUACUGCAAAAUGUUAUCUUGCUUUGGUAUUCUAGAUGAACAUUCAAAAGAAAACCGGAGAUAUAAUUAUGGAGUUUG